AUGGAGCAGCCCUUCAGCCAGCCCUCCAGCCAGCCAGUGGCAGUAGUGUCACGUGAGAGAAGCAGCAGCAGCACGCGUCAGCUGUAGAAGAAGAAGAUGGGCCAUUGAUAAGAAAAGAAACGCUGUGGCUAUCUUGAGCUAACAAAGUGACGUUAACUGAAUACAUCUAACGCUGGUGGCGUGAUUGUUAAACGUGUUGUUGUGUUUUGUUCUGGGCAUCAUCGAAAAUGAUCCUUACCGUGAAACCACUUCAAGGGAAAGAAUGCAGUGUUCAGGUGACUGAAAAUGAGAAGGUCUCCACAGUGAAGGAACUUGUGUCAGAACGCCUCAACAUACCAGCAAACCAGCAGAGGUUGCUCUAUAAAGGGAAAGCACUUUCAGAUGAACACAGGCUGAGUGAUUAUUCCAUUGGGCCUGAGGCUAAAUUGAAUCUGGUUAUCCGUCCAGUGGGGGAGAGAACUGGAGCGUCAGGGACGGCUUCCAGCAGCAGCAGCAGCAGCAGCAGCAGCAGUAGCAGCAGCUCACAAGGAAAAGUGUGGCAGACUGUGUCCAUUAUCCUUGCUAGACACUUUAGUCCAGCAGAUGCGGCGAAAGUCCAUGAACAGCUUAUUAAGGACUAUGAACGUUCCCUUCGACAACUUAGUCUAGACGACAUUGAGCGGUUGGCGGGGAGACUGCUUCACCCCGACGGUGACGGCAUGGACACCUCCUACAUGGACUAAGCCUCGCUGGAAGUUGCUUAUUGUGAUUGUCUUUUGAGAGGUGCUCAGUUCAUGGAGGUGCAUACAGUGUUUAAUCAUUGGCUGAGUGAAGACAGAUACCAGUGACUGUUGAUUAUGUCAGCAAUAGGGCUUUCUUAUCCAUGACCAAAAGACUUGGAUAAGAAAACAUGGCAACUUUGAAUUGGUCUGGUCACUGUCAUCGAUGUUGCAGAAAUGACACAAGACCUGAUCACAUAAUAUUUGAAAACAAAGGAAUCCAUUUAUGCUGUUUGGUUUCACAUGAGCUCUGGCUGCUACGACUCCCAGUGGACGGUAACAUCUACUGGAGGUUUUUGUUAGUAAUUUCUGUGUCGGGUGGUGUGUUGUGUUAACCAUCCUUGAGAAGGCGAUGCAUGUUUUAUUCUGUAACUAACUGAUGUUCAUUGAAUGCUUUGUAAAUAUUGUGUUUAUAUAUACAGACAUUAAACCACAGAAAAAUUACAAGCGUUAAUGUUUACUGUUUUGUUGAACAUUUUAUGUGAAUUUUAAAAAAAAAAGAAGAG